AUGCCAGGGUCUGAAGUGACUAUUGGAACACACGAUGGGUGCUUCCACUGUGACGAAGCGCUUGCAUGCUACAUGCUCAAGUUGCUACCCCGAUACAGAGAUGCGUCUGUUAUUAGGACCCGUGAUCAGAAAGUUCUGGACAGUUGUGAUAUUGUGGUUGACGUAGGAGGGGUGUAUGAUCCAUCUACGCAUCGCUAUGAUCAUCAUAUGAAGGAAUUCAAAGAAACUCUCAGUACAGUUAUAAAAAAAUCUGGAUACAAGAGUAAUAUUAAACUGAGUAGUGCCGGCUUAAUCUAUUGUCAUUUUGGUGAUGAAAUUAUUAAGAUACUAGUACCUGAAGUAACAGAUGACUAUGACCGGACUAGUAUUUUUAAAAAAGUGUAUGAAACAUUCAUCCAAGAAAUAGAUGCCAUUGAUAAUGGAGUGCCAAUGUUUGAUGGGGAACCUUCGUACUAUAUCAGUACAAAUUUGAGUAAGCGAGUGGCACGGUUGAAUCCAACUUGGAAUGGUCCUAAGCUGGAUCCUGAUGAACAGUUUGAGAAAGCUGUCGCGCUUACGGGCGAAGAAUUCACCUAUUUUAUUCAACAUGCAGCUAGAGUUUGGUGGCCUGCUAGAUCAAUUGUGGGAGAUGCCGUUCUCGGGAGAUUUGAGGUCCAUCCAAGUGGAGAAAUUAUUGAAUUAUCUACUUCUCUGCCUUGGAAGGAACAUUUAUACGAAUUGGAAGAGGAACUAGGUGUAAAAGAGCCAAUAAAAUACGCUAUUUUCCAUGACAACAAUUAUAGAGUACAAGGUGUACCUGUAAAAGCUGCAAGCUUCAUUUGCAGAAUGUUCUUACCAGAGGCAUGGGCAGGCUUGAGGGACGAAGAAUUAUCUGCUGUAUCUGGCAUUCCUGACAGUAUAUUUGUACACAGUGUUCGAUUUAUUGGUGGCCAUAAAACUAGAAAAGGUGCAUUAGCAAUGGCUGCUAAGGCUCUCGAAAUAGGAAAAUCGAUCGAAAGCAGUCACGCAGAAACGAAUUCGAAAUGA